AUACGCGGACAUAGAGCACAGCGUACUUCCGGAAAGAAAUGGCAUCUUUGGACAGGGUGAAAGUGUUGGUUUUGGGAGAUUCCGGAGUAGGGAAGUCCUCUCUUGUGCAUUUACUUUGCCAGAAUCAGGUUUUGGGGAAUCCUUCAUGGACUGUGGGCUGCUCAGUGGACGUCAGGGUUCAUGACUACAGAGAAGGCACUCCAGAAGAGAAGACGUAUUACAUUGAACUCUGGGAUGUCGGGGGAUCUGUUGGCAGUGCCAGCAGCGUUAAAAGCACCAGAGCUGUGUUUUACAAUUCUGUAAAUGGUAUUAUUUUAGUUCAUGAUUUGACCAACAAGAAAUCCUCCCAGAAUCUGUACCGCUGGUCAUUAGAGGCAUUGAGCAAAGACUCUUCUCCAACUGGAAUCAUUGUAUCAAACGGGGAUUAUGACAGGGAACAGUUUGCGGAGAACUCUGUUCCCCUCCUGCUUAUUGGCACCAAAUUUGAUCAGAUCCCAGAAAACAAGAGGAAUGAUGUGCUGACCCGCACUGCCUUUCUCUCUGAAGACUUCAAUGCGGAAGAGAUCAAUUUGGAUUGUACAAAUCCCCGCUAUCUUGCUGCUGGAUCAUCAAAUGCCGUCAAAUUGAGCCGAUUCUUUGACAAGGUAAUAGAGAAGAGAUACUUCACACGAGACCCCAGCCAGAUGCAGAGUUUCACAGACAGGAGGCGCUUUAAUUUCAAGAGUCUGCACAAUGAUUGAGUUUCCGCACAGACUUAGGGUUGGUGGGCUUUGUUCUGUUGGUAACCUGGGCAAGCAUAUGAAUAUUCUUCAGUUAUGUUUUUAACUGCAAAGUCCACUCAGUUUGGGGGUUGUUGUUUUUUUUUUACAUUAACCUCCAGCUUGCCAUGACAGAACGAUAUACGUGAAUUUAUUAUUAUCUGUAUUAUGAUCUGUAGAUCUUUGUAUUUUCAUAUGUAAUGUUAAAAAUAUGGACUCAAAGAACAGUUUUUUUUCUUCUGUAAAUGGUUUUCCUGUUUAUAGUAUAAUUUCUGGAGAUUUGGCUGGUUUUUUUAUUAUAUGAACCACCUUCUUAAUCUUUAUAAUUUGUUACAAAUCAUCUGAAGGAAGAAAUUAAUAUUAUCAUAGAUUUAUCUUUUUUUUGUUUUUGUGAUGGAACUUUGUAAAUUCAAACUGAUUCACAAUUCUUUGCUAUAUUAGCAAGCUGUUCAUAAUGUGCAUGUACAGAACUAUCUAAUUAAGAUAUCAUCAAUAAAUAAAGAUCAGUUUGAAUAAA